UAUUCUUUGUCACCUUUAAAAUACCCAAACCCCCUCAGUCGCUUCCCUUUGCUAGAAAUGCCAAUGUGGCGUUCUGCCCACAUGCACAUGAAUACGGUGAAAUAAAACAAAACACAAACACGCACAAAGCAAGUGUUUUGCUUUAAAGCGCGUGGGCUUAAUUACCCAAGCUCUGGCAACCCCAAAAAUCCCAUGAUCCCAAAAGAAAAUAAAGAGAACCUAUGUAACACAGUACUUUCUGAUGUAAGCAACCAUAGCUCCUUCUCUCCCUUCCCUUCUCUUCUCUUCUCUCUCUGUCUCUCUGAUUUAUAUUUAACUCCCAUCCCACUUGCUUUCCUCGUUGACAUCACACAAUCGCACAAAAGCUUUGUUGUUUUUCUCUCUGGCGAUGCAAAGCCUAAGAAGUUGCUCAAGUGACGUUGUGCAGCUUGAUCUAACACUACCGCCAACACCACCUUCCUCCUCUUCAUCCAACAACAAUCCCAUGAGUACCACCACCACAACCACCACCAUCAGCGGCGGGCUUUCCAUAGACGAGGAGGAGUCAACGGAGACGCGAAUCAGGAGGCUGAUAUCAGAGCACCCUGUCAUCAUCUUCAGCCGAUCUUCUUGUUGCAUGUGCCACGUCAUGAAAAAGCUCUUAGCCACCAUCGGGGUUAACCCUACUGUCAUCGAACUUGAUGACCAUGAGAUCGCUGCUCCCUCCACCGCCGUUCACGAUAGCCUCUCUCUGGAAUCCAGCCCCGCCGUGUUCAUUGGUGGAACCUGCGUCGGCGGCCUUGAAUCCCUCGUGGCUCUUCACCUUAGUGGCCACUUUGCAAAGCUCGUCGAAGUUGGCGCUCUCUGGGUAUGAUAUAUAGAUUAUAGCAUUAAAAAUCAUAUAAAUCAAGCUGCCAUUUUUAAUGCUUUUUUAAUCUGGGGUUUUUUUCUGGUCAUUAUUAUUAUUAUUAUUAUUAUUAUUAUUAUUGUAUCUUCUUUGUAAGUUGAAGUAACAUAAAAUUAGGCAGUCCAUUUCCCAAAAAGAAAUAAUUUCUGCCUCUUUUUCUCUCUUUCCCCAUUAGCUUUGCCGGUC